AUGGAAAAGACUAGAUAUUACCACUUCCUACUCACAAAAUCCGAAGAGGAGGAGCAGCAAAAGCUACAUGGUGAUGGUCCUUGGCCCCUGAAUUUUGAUGUGGUAGAAAUACGGAAAAGUAGCAGUGGUGAUCAUCAUCCCCUUGAAAGCUUGCCGCUUUUUCCAUGGAAGCUCAAAGUCGAAUUACCACUCAAUCAAAUAGGAGGCUAUGGUCCUAUUGAGUUAAGCGCUGGACAGGUUUUUGACCAUGUUCUUAAGUACUGGGAUGCGGGAACUGUGUCCCAAUUGAUUAGUCAUGAACAAGAACAAAUCCCUAUCGUUGUGCAAGAUUUGGAUUCCGGCGUGAAGCAUGAUAUAUAUCUGGUCAGGUCGAAGGAAGGCGGCGGUGGUGGUGAAGAAAAAUACAAGAUUCAUCUUCACUGGAAGCAGAAGAAUGUCAAGAAGCAAGGUGACAAGGAUACUUUGUUAAUUGGCAUGUAUUGGAAUAUCAGUUCUUCUUGUUUAUGCUUAUCUGUUUUGGAUGGUCCAUGUUGA